CAUGAAGUAUCAUCUCAUUUUAUGAAAAAUGUAUUUCUUUAGGCUUUAACGUGGGCUUAUAGGGAAGGAGUUAUUGAAUAAUUAAGAAACCAAGUGCACACCCCUACAAGAGAAUUCGUAAAGAACUAUGCAUGGUGCUGAUGUGGUGAUUGUAUAGCAUAGGUAUUAUAAUGUGCCAUGUCCAAUCAUUCGCAACAUACCUAGUCUGAUUUAUUCCGACUCGGACGGCCGCGGAAGACGGACAAUUGAUUUAAAUAACAGCCCGUGAAAACAAGCUUUGUUUAUUUUAUGAAACAUUUGUUUAUUUUGAUACAUAUUUAAUGACAAGUUAAAAAGUGCCUUCCUUUCUACAGGACAAAAUGGCCCUACUUUGGUGUUUUCUUCUAGUCCUCCUCAACACAUUGGUCCUAUUGCAUAGUAUACAGUCAUGGGGCUACAGACCUCGCUUCCCAUCUCACAAGAUACCUGAUAAUGCACUUAGCCCCCGAAGAGCGAUAGUGCGGCGAAAAAUAGUACUGUACCACAAUUUCUUUCGUACUAAAGUUCGCCCCACGGCUUCCAAUAUGGUAUUAAUGUCAUGGCAUGCAGAAGCGGCACGACAAGCGCAGGAGUACGCGGAACGCUGCGUUUUUCUGAAGCACAACCCUAUUGAAGAGAAGAUCGUGACGCAUCUGGGCGCUUGUGGUCAGAACCUUUUCGCCGCAGCGCAGAAGACACCCUGGUUUUUUGCAAUCAAAGACUGGUUUCUGGAGUACCAGAACUUCACGUACGGUGCGCCUGUCAAAAACCUGCGUGCAGUAGGCCACUACACCCAGAUGGUUUGGGCAACCACUCACAAACUCGGCUGCGGCGUCGCGCGCUGCAUCGGAGGCCCGUGGGGACAGUUCUAUAACUACGUGUGCCAUUAUUGUCCUGGUGGCAACAUCGACGGUAUAGUACAAUACCCGUACCACAUAGGUCCCCCCUGCGGAGACUGCCCCGAACACUGCGUAUCGGGCCUGUGCACGAACAUGUGCAUGGAGAAAGACCACUACUCCAACUGCGAUGAACUGGCGGGCAUGAACAUCCCAGACUUGUGUACGCAGGGCGUGUGCAAUGCUACCUGUGCUUGUCAAGGAAAGAUACAUAAAAACUACCCGUUUGUCUAGAAACACGUAUACACAUCACCUACAAAGAAGAUCUUAGAAGUCCGAAGCAAGCUCGGUUCUCCAUACAACCGUAGUUACGCUCUCAUUUUGGAACUACUGGCUAGAUUGCUCUGAAACUUUUUACUUGUAACAGGGUAAGGUAUAUAUAUCUAUGCCUAUAAUUCGUUUAUGUAGCUUCAGAUACCUUAGUUAAGAAAUACAGAGAAUUUAAAUUUAUAAUCCAAAACUUGUUUUUGCUCUGUUUCGUUUGUUUUAUAAGCUGGAGCUAUAUAAAAUAAUUACAGGCAUAGGUAUACCUCAUGUCAUUGUAUGUGCUAAGUUUCACUGCAAUCCAACACGUAGUUUUAAAAUGAGAACGAAACUCCAAUUGUAUGGGAAGGUGAAGCUUGCUGCGGACUCUUAAUAAGAAAUUUUCGUCAGUUGAUAAGUUAUGGAAACUGCAGAAUUCAUUUCUCUUUUAAGAUCACUGCAGUAUGUGGUAUGAGGUCGCAGGACAAAAAUACAAAGAAGCCUUAAUAACGCGAAGCUGUUAAGUAGAUAGGCAGUCAUUUGAUAUUAAGAACGAUUUGACUCGUCUAUCUUAUUGACAACUAAACUCUUUGUUAUCCAAAUUAAUCAUUGCCAUGCUUGUAACGACCUCACAAAUGUGAAUUUAUGCUGUUUUUAUUUUACUCUCUUGUAUAUUGAUUUAAAAAAAACAUUAUUCAACCUAAUUGAAUUGCGUAACGAAAGUAGCCAUAAACAUUUUACGUGUGUGACUGAUUUUCAUUAUGCAGAAUGGUAUACAUUAAAUAGUUGAGGAACGAACGUCUUAAAUGCGUUAUAACAUAUUUCUUUAAAAUGCUUCGUCAUAUCAACCUUACGUAAUGUUUAUUAUAGGUAGUGUAAAAUUAUCUUAGAUUGUAUAUAGAAACAAUAAGUUUAAAGAAAUAAAAAUAAUAAAUCAUACGUCACAUAUUUAUAUUUCAUCAUCUGGUUUGCCUGCCCGUAUAUAAAUUUUGUAUUUUAAACUAAUAAGGCCCGUCCAACUAAGUCCAAUUCCGUCCAUCAGCGCAUUUUUUUGACAACAUACCAUUGUUAAAUUUAUAGAAAAAACAGAUGGUACUUAAAAAGCGGCCAAGUGCGAGUCGGACUCGCCCAUGAAGGGUUCCGUACCAUUUAUGACGUAUUAAUAAAAAACUACUCACUAGAUCUCGUUCAAUCCAAUCUUCGAUGGAAGUUUGCAUGGUAAUAUCCAUCAUAUAUUUUUUUAGGUUUAUCAUUCUGUUAUUUUAGAAGUUACAGGGGACAAACAUUUUACCACUUUGGAAGUGUCUCUGGGGCAAACUAUUCAGAUUAGAAAAAAAUAAUAUCAGAAAUCUCAAUAUCAUUUUUGAAGACCUAUCCAUAGAUACCCCACACGUAUGGGUUUGAUGAAAAAAAUUUUUUUGAGUUUCAGUUCUAAGUAUGAGGAACCCCCAAAAUUUAUCGUUUUUUUUUAUUUUUAUGUGAAAAUCUUAAUGCGGUUCAUAGAAUACAUCUACUUGCCAAGUUUGAACAGUAUUAGUUCUUAUAGUUUCGUAAAAAAGUGGCUGUGACAUAAACGGACAGACAGACAGACAUGACGAAUCUAUAAGGGUUCCGUUUUCUGCCAUUUGUCCCUAAAAAUCUCGCGUACAGAAUUUUUCUCAGAUAGAUUAGGCCGUAAGACUAUCUAGACAUUUUUUCACAAAGACGUUAUGGGUACAGGACGUUUAAAUAAAUCGUUUAACUACGUGCGUACCAAAGAGAAUUUGAAAUAGAGGUGUAUUGUGAAAGAAAACCUUUUAGCCACGUAAAUUCACUGCCAUCUUUCGACACACGAUUAACUCCGCCACUUUUUCAUAUUUAACAAAUGUAACACAUAUCAGUGAAAGAAUAAGGACCAAAGUCAAAUGGCGUUCUAAAAGUUUUAAUCAUAUGUCGAAAGAUGGCAGUAAAUUUACUGUGGCCACACGGUUUUUUUUUGACAAUCCACCUCUACAAUAAAGGAUCAGGGAAUACCAGCACUACGUCGGGGUAAGGUUCACCACACGUUGGUUGGCAGGUGAGUCAGCACUGUCAGCAGGUGGGGUGCGCGCUGGGGCGGAACGUCUCGCAACGGCGUACGUGCAUGUUCCUUACGUUAUUAAGGUCGGUUCACACUUAUGGUAAACAUAAGCCACUACAACUUAUUUCAUUAAAAUUGGAAUAUCUGUGGUUACUAUAUAAAUUUAAAGUGUUAUGAAUAUUGGGUACAGCAUGACCCAAUAGUCAAUGGCAAAGGAAAAAUAAGAUUUAAAAAGUCUUACUUCAUUAGCACAGCCUUUUAGUAUUAUAAAAUGUAGGACUUAGUAUUAACAGUACCUACAAAACGUCUGGCCCUAAAUAUUAUACAAGGUGUUUAGUCACCUGCAAUGUUGUACGGGCUGAAUAUAUAGGUCAUAUUGAGCAACUUUUACUAUGGGAUCAAUCCCGUGAUCGCGAUUUUUUUUUUUACUCUCCCAUAGAAAAUGUCAAGGUCAGACAGCCAAAAUGUAUGAAACACCCAAUUCAUUUCCGCGAUUUCGGGGUUGGUCCCAUAGUUCAUUAAUUACAUGAGGGAUUUUUUGAGGAUCUUUCGACCCCCGCUAAAUCUCUUAAAUGUUUACACUAUUUUUGUCCGAAAAAAUUACGUGGCAUUUGCCAAAAUUCACCUCUCCCCAAUGUGAGAUUUAGUGAAAUUCUGCUUGACGCCAAACCUCACGUAAUUAAUGGAAUGUUAUUUAAUGUUUGGCUUAAGAUUUACUAAUAAAAAUAAAAUAUUUAUGACAUUUUUUGUAUUAUAAAAUGUCGACUGAGAUCAACAAUUAUGUCGUAAUAUUUAUAUGAAUGCGUUAAUAAUGUUUAACUACUGAUUGUCAUCUUUCAAAGAGAUACGAAAGUGUGGCGUAAACAAUUAAGUUAACGUAGCAAUUAAAUAUAGCAACAAAUUAUUAGAUAGUUUACCCAUCGUAACUAGAGCAGUGGUGUAACAGAAGAGAACUGUUAUAUUUAUUGAGAAAAAUAUACAAGGCACUUAUA